AUGGGUCAAAGUAAAAGCAGAGAAAAUAACGCACUCUCGAAAACCACGCACUUCUCGACAAAGGAAAUAGACAACCUCCGACAAAAUGUAAAGACGCAAGACCAGAACAACAUUACAGCAGACGUAUUCAAAGAUUCUGUGAAGCAAUGCAUGCCGACAGUGUCCAUGACAGAUGACGCUUUUCUACAGCGAUUGUACUGUGCGUUUGGCGGUGAUGAAGAGAAGGAACAAUGCCUAGAUUUCAGCAAAUUUGUGGAUGGCUUGAGCGUAUUUAUGAAAGGUACACCAGAGGAAAAGUUGAAAUUAUCAUUCAAGCUAUACGAUGUGGACAAAGAUGGAUUUAUAUCCAAGGAUGAACUAGAGCAUGUCAUGUUGCAACUGUCGAAAAUGAUGGCGAAUGAAGACAAGCAAGACGAAGAAAUCCAGCGAUCCAUUGAUUGUAUGUUUGAGGAUUUUGAUGUGGAUUGCGACGGCAAGUUGUCGUUUGACGAAUAUAAAUUAUCCGCCAUGAAGGAGCCUUUGAUCGCUGAUUUCCUGGAGCGCUUCUUGGAUCAGCACAAUUUAUCAAAUAACCCAUCACCCACUUCACGGCCUACAUCCGUGAGAUCAAGACAGUCUUCUCGGUCCCUCAACAACAAUACGAACAAUGCAAACACGCAACAAAAUAGACUGUCCUUUCGACUAUCACAAGCAGAGCUACUAGAUUACAGCCACCAGCAACAGAAACUGGCUCUAUCUGACUCACCCAAUAUGACACCAAGCUCUGCAACACCAAGCCCUCGCACAUCCGUCUACUUGCCACUGACGUCUGCAACUACUGCAGCAUUAACACCCAAAUCAAAUUCACCCGUGUCCUCUUCAUCUACUUCAUCCAACACAACAACGCAAACUAGACCCAAUCUGCCUAACCGUUUAAGCCGAGGUCCCAGCAUGGCAAGUUUGGAUGCUGCCAUGACAUCCAUAUAG